AUGGGACCGCCGGUGCUCACCUCCACGGCCGCCUUGCGAGAAGAGGGCGACAGCCCAACAGCGACAGCGCCUAGCAUGGAGGAGCGUUGGAGCACGUUUCAGCGCCUCGCACAGACGAGUGAGGCAGCGUUUCGCAGCAUGAGCGAGGCCACCGCACGCCAGCACGCCGAAGUUGCCGCACAUCAGAAAGAAAUUGCCGCCUACCAGGAGAGUCAGCGUGUGCUUUCGGUGCUGCAACAGCAACGGCUCGACAGCCUGACGCGCGAGUGUGCGCAGCUGCGGCAAACCGAAGCCAGCAUGAAGGAGGUGGUUGCACACCAAGUAGAACGCCUUGUUGUCUUGGAGAGCGAGCUUCAGACUACGCGCGUGCAACUAUCGGAGAUUAGGCUCGCUCAGGCGCAGUGUGUCGAGGAACGCAACAGACUCCAGCAGGCUUGCAAGAUGCACGAGGUUCACACGAACGAAUUGCAGGCGUCGCUGCGGUUUGCUGACGAAGUGGUACGCUCGAUGCGGCAGACGGUGGCCGCGUGCGAGCGGGAGAAGAACGAGGCCCUCAUGCAGCAAUACAGCAACUUCGAGUCCUACCGAAACGACCUCAUCGCCGCCUACGACCAGCGCGCCGCGGAGGCGCGAGACGAGUUCGCCAAUCGCGUGGAGUCUCUUCAAGCUGACAUGCUGGAGACUGUCGCGAAGCGUGAGGAGCAGCUCAAAGCGAGCUGGGAGGAAACGGCGACGAGGAUGCGCUACGAGUACGACGAGCUGGUCAGGCUAGGUCACCAGCGUAGGGCUGCGAUGGACACGGAACUGCGAGAGCGGAAGGAGCAGCUUGAGCGUGACAAGGAGUUGAUGCGAGUGCAACAGCGCGAGGAGGCGGACAUGAUGGAGCAGCGCUUCCGUGCACGCGAGGAGACACUGCUCGACGACAUCGCUCGCCGCGAGCGCGAGCUGCGUGAGCGAGAAGCAGCCCUGCGCGCCGCCCAGGCGCAACAAGAGGUGGAUGUGCAGAGACGGCUACAAGCCAGAGAGACAGAACUGCGGGCGGCUCACGACGCCGCGCUGAAGCGCAUGGCAGACCAAGCAGCCGCAGACCGGGAGAAGCUGUCCGAGAACUUCAUAGAGCGACUUCAGCAGCUCUCCAAUGCACACAUGCAGCAGGAGCGGGAGCUGGAGCGAAUGCACCGUGAGAAAGAGCGCGAGAUGGCGCAGCGCUACCGGCUGAGUGGAAUCGACGGUGGCGAUCGUGGCGAUGCCCGCGACCGCAGAGCGACCGAGUAUGCCUUGGCCAGCCCCAGCAUGGCGAAGGAGGCGCUCUUGAAGAAGUUUGAAACGGUCGAGCAACGCCAGCGAGAACGCUCUGACAAACUGCGCUCUGCGUUCUCCGCUAAAGACAGCGAGCAACAACCUUCACUAUGA